AAUUGAUAAAUAAAAAGAUAAUGUUUAUGACUGUCGAUGCUACAAAGGUCCUGACACUUAAACAGUAACAUUUCAUUUAGAAUGAAGUUGGAAAUAGUUAAGUAGAAGAUUGCUCGGACAAAAUAUUCCACGGGAGAAUAAGAGAAAACAGUCCUAAGUGAACAUAAACGAUGCCAUCAAGGCAUCAUCUAUAGAAAGAGCGGGAAGUUUGCGACACAUUUGAUGAGUAACUUCUUUAAACACUAGCCUUUUCUAUAUAUUUUCAAACCUCGGAUUAAUAAACACAAUGCGGAUGGCAAAAUAAAUUGAUUAAAAAAAAGUUUCACAGGAUUCAAAGAGAAAUAUAAACCAGGAUGAAAUUGAAAGUUAUUUGUUACAGUGUCAGUAUUACGAUUGAGCCAAAUGUAACAAAUCACCAGUCAGAAAGGAGGCCUUUAAGACGUUUACUAUGGUUGUGUUUUUGUCUCUGUCUCCUGUGCAGCUUCAGUCCACUGGUAUUUUACAAAGAUUCCUUCUCGGCAAACGAUAAAUUCAUGAUACAAGUUCAUCACCAACACAAUUCAAGCUUCAAACACAAUACAAGCAUUGAGUGUCAGAACUCUCGAAAGACAGCGGCGGAGGAUGUUCUUUGUAUGAAGAAGAAAGAAUUUUUAAUGAACUUCAAAAACCCGUGCUGGUUUGAAGAAGAAGCAGGAGGCCUGAUCUCCUCCCAGAGUGAGGGUGUCUUGCAAUGUCUUCCAUAUUUCUACUUAUUCGGCGUGUGUAAAACCGGAACGACAGAUCUAUUCUUCCGGUUGACCCAGCAUCCACAGAUUUUGGAAAACUUUGGAGACUUGCACAAAGAAACCACAUUCUGGUCAUGGGGCCGUUACGGAAAAAAUGGUCACUCUGGACAUGCAUAUGUAAAGGAAACACUUUACAACUUCACUCAAUUUUUUAAUGCCGAGAAAAUCGGAGAAACCAACAUCUUACUUGAAGAUAUGACAGAAUAUUCCAAUAAGAUAACAGGGCACGCUGAUCCCAUGGAUUUUUGGGAUCACAGCGAUUGGCGGGAAAUUCCACAGAAUGACCCGACAGCAGCCGUUCCUACGUUUAUCACACCACAUCUAGUCAAACACGUCCAACCAAACGUUAAACUGAUAUUGAUGCUCAGACAACCAGCAGAGAGAUUGUACAGUCAUUAUUACCACGGCAAAUACGGGAACACCACUGAACAGUUCCAUCAGGACGUCGUCAAGGAAAUUAACAGCCUCAAAAACUGUACUGAAAAAUACAGCUAUAGGGCAUGUUUAUAUGGACAGAACAUGACUCAAAGCCCACACAUUCCAAUCACGGCAAGUUUAUAUUACCUUCAUCUUCAAGAAUGGCUCGAAGUGUUUCCAUUGAAGCAGAUUCUCAUCUUCAGGCAUGAAGAUUAUGUAAAGGACAUGAAAUACAUCCUUAAAGGCUUGUUUCGGUUUUUAGGAGUAGAUACCGUUCCUAAAAAGGUUUUCAACUCCAUCUUAACUUCAAAAAGAAAGUAUAUCACGCCAAAUAAGCUCAGAAAAGGAUCAAUGCUUAAAGAAACAUGGGACAUUCUAAACGGUUUUUUCAAGGACUGGAAUAAAAAACUUGCGUCGCUGCUGAAUGAUGAGAGAUAUUUGUGGAGAGACGUGCCUUACAAGCUUAAGCAUCCAAUGAAUGAAACAGAAGUGAAAAGAAUAAAAAAUUAUACAGAUGUUUGAAAUAUGAACAUGAUUCUAUAAAAGGAAAGUUUAAAUUAAAUGGAGGUGAUGAUCACGAUACUCAAAUCAAGCCAAAAGUUCAACAUUGAAUGAAUUACUUGAGAACACAUCCACAAAAAGAAAAUUGAAAAGGUCGCUAAUGCAACAAAGUGGCAAACAGCCUCAGAUUCCAGACAGGCUAAGAGACUACAAAUCCCAAACUAGCACCUCAACACAUAAAGAUGCUCUCAGUUAGAAGAAGUCUUUAAUGAAAGAAGGAAAUGGAGUCGGUGAAAGGGUGAAAGCCAACGCAAAAUUUUUAUUUAAAUGCAGAGGAGAAAUCUUUGUAACUCUUUUUUAUAAAUGAGUUGAUUUUGCAAACACAGGCUGAAUUUUCCUUGCACAGUGAAUUUUAUGAAGUGGAGAAAAAUACUGGGGCCCAAAAAGAGGUUCAAAGUUUAACAUAGAAAUAUAUAUAAUGAAAAAUGUUUAAAGAACUAAAAAGCUACAGUUUGUGAAAUUACUAAACAAGCAUCCUAAGAUAGAAUUAAUUCAAAAUUGAU